CAGCGAAAAAGACCCCCCCGAAARAAUGAAGCUCCUGAUUUUAUUGUUAGCUUUGAGCUGCUUGUUCUCUUUGGCCUUGCCGUCGAAAGACGUACUUGAACGAUCCAUAUGCAAGCGACUGAGAGCAAAAGGGAUGUGCAAGAGUCGUUUUAACUGCAUCAAAGACGAUCUGUGUAAUGUCACAUGUGGGUGUAAAGACAUUCUCUCUGUGGAAUCGUGUAAGUUACUGAAAGAAAUAAAAGCAUGCUACAAAAACUUGGCAGUGGGGUUCGAUUAUUGCAGGUGGACCUGUGGGUUUUGUUGGAGAACUGCAUGUAAGUCGCCAGGUGCACUUGGGAUGCAAAACAGAGCCAUUCCUGACUCCAGUAUCACCGCGUCAUCGUCCUUUAGCUCGAAUAAUGCCCCACAACAAGGAAGACUUUACUACAAGCAACUUAGUGUUAAAUAUGGAGCAUGGAGUGCGAAAACAAAACGAGCCGGAGACUGGCUCCAGGUUGACUURGGCAAUGUUACCAAAGUUCAAGGUGUCGCAACCCAAGGUCGAUACGAUUCUGACCAAUGGGUUGCAAGCUACAMCCUUSAAUACAGUGACAAUGGAAAAACCUUCAAGAAAUACCAGGGAGGCAAAGUGUUCAAAGGAAAUAAUGACAGGAACACCGUUGUAAAKAAUGAUAUAAGUCCCCCGAUCUAUGGCAGGUACAUCAGRGUAGUAGUCAAGACAUAUUAUGGUUGGCCCUCAAUGAGAAUGGAGCUGUAUGGGUGCAAAUACUAUUAAAGCUCACCAUUUUUGCAGUCCGAGUCCUGAUGGAGACCAUCGGAGUAAAUAAGUGGAUAACGAUUWACCAGAUAACAACCGACUAACGGAAUGGUGGAAACUAGCGGYAAACURGUGUGAUCUGCGUCGGUAUUUCUAAAGAAAUAGUCGUUUAAUAAGAAAAUUUAAUUCCGUAAAAACAUUGAACAACUAUAUAGUAUAGAUAUACACUACUGAUUUUAUAUAUGUGAUUUAUAAGAAGAGGGGUAAUGAAGUUGAAUUAUAUGAUUUAUGGC